AUGUCAGUUGCCGAAAUCACAAGCAAAGCCGACUUCCUCGCGAAGAUCCUCAACUCGGAGGACCUCGUUGUUCUAGACUGCUGGGCACCAUGGUGCGGGCCAUGCAAAGCGAUAUCUCCUAAAAUCGAAGAACUCAGCCAAAAUCACACCGAGGCCAAAUUCUACAAGGUCGACGUCGACCAAGUCCCCGACGUCGCCCAGGAGCUCGGUAUUCGCGCUAUGCCUACCAUAAUUUACUUCAAAAAGGGCGAGAAAUAUCACGAAGUUGUCGGGGCUAACCCCCCUGCCAUUGAGGCCGGCGUGAAGGAACUUAUUGCCGCCGCUUAG